UCCAGCAGCGCCCGGUCAGACGGAGCGGUGACAGGAGCAGCGCUGGUGUCUGUGCUGUCACUCUGCACCCGGACUGCAUCAUGAGACGGCAGAGCGGAGGGACGGGGCUGUGAGAGGCAGGGUUCGGACCAAGCGAUUUCUACCCCUCCGUGUUACGUGCGGACCCCGGCCUCUAGGAGACUGCGGGGAUGGAGCUGCCUGCCGCCGGCGAGCAUGUGUUUGCGGUAGAAAGCAUCGAGAAGAGGCGAAUCCGCAAGGGCCGAGUGGAAUAUCUGGUGAAAUGGCGAGGCUGGUCUUCCAAGUAUAACACGUGGGAGCCAGAGGAGAAUAUUUUAGACCCCCGACUCUUGGUUGCCUUUCAGAACAGGGAAAGGCAGGAGCAAAUUCUGGGGUACAGAAAACGUGGCCCUAAACCAAAGCACCACAUUUUAUCGAUACCCUCUUUUGCUCGAAGGUCUAAUGUUCUGAGUGGCCUUCAGGACACUUCCAUGGACCAACGCCCCAAACUGGACAUGACACCAGUUAAAAAGACCCAACCUCAUCAAUAUCAACUGAACAGCAAAAAGCAUCACCAGUAUCAGCCCAACGAUCAUGAUCAUGCUGAAAAGCAUCAUUCCAGUGCCCAAAGGAAAUAUUACUACCAACUGAACAGUAAGAGACACCAUCACUAUCAGCCAGAUCCGAAAAUGUAUGAUCAACAGCCCUCAGGGAAAGAUCUACAGGCUUGUGCGGAUCAAAACAGUAGAAACAAGGAAACGUCUUGGCAUCAUGGCCACCAUGUAGAUUUUGGAGUCCGUGCAAAGAACGGUUCGGGAACUGCCUUAAAUGGGGUUGAAAAGAACUGUACAUCCGUUGGCACCUCCACCGUUCCGGCUAAAGAAGCGCCGUUAAAUGGAAUUGGGGGUAAAAUGAAGAUUGUGAAGAAUAAAAAUAAAAACGGAAGGAUUGUCAUAGUGAUGAGCAAAUACAUGGAUAACGGAUUGCAGUCGGUGAAAAUUAAAUCAUCCGAAGACGACUGUGGCGCUGUUGCUUUUGGAAACAGAGUGGAAACUCUAGAAUCUUGCAAUGGAGAAAGGACUAGUAAAGUCUUAGAGGAGAAACAGGAGCACUGGAAGAAGAGAGUGGAGUCUAAAAUAAGGAUAGGUGCGGCGAAUGAUUAUGGGAACAAAGGUGCAGUUCCUCUUGCCGGCCUCCAGAGAACCUAUUCAAAUGUUGACCCGGUCAGUGAUAAACCAUUACAGCUCACCACCAAAAAAGAUCACGUCAUUGGGUCAAAUGGGGGCAAAUUGACUGUAGAUGGUCCCUCAAAAGAUAAAGUCUACAUGAAUCCUCGAAAGCGCUGCUUGUCCGAGAUAUCUGAGCCCAACAAAUCUUGCAAACAAGUCCUCUCUUCUCGAAGCGUCAGUGCUUCCGACAGACUGGAGAACCAGACUGGGCAAGAGCCAGACAUCAUUCUCCUUGACUCUGACUUGGAUGAACCCAUAGACUUGCGUUGUGUAAAGUCCAGGUGUGACAGUCACCAGGACGUAAGCAAGAAUGGGGAGCAAGUGGCAACCCAAGACUUACAACCCACUGAAACAGACUCUGCCAAGGAGGAACCACAAACUAUAUUCAGACCGUUUUUUGGAAAUAUUGUGAUUACAGAUGUAACUGCCAACUGUCUUACCGUCACUUUCAAGGAAUACAUAACGACAUGACUGGACGCGGCAAAUUCCUUCGGAGAAUCCACAGUCACCAUGUUUUCAGGGGGAUAUACAUCAUACUGGAUUUUAGUUCUUGUUUCCAACUGUGACAGCUGUCAGAUUCCAUAUGGUAAAGCACUUAAAGGCAUAGAGGCAGAGACGUUAUAUAGAUACCCUGAAAGCUUCUAUAUUUAUUCCUCCAUAUUUAUAUCCGUAGAGCUAACUCGGCUUCUCAAUGUUUAAACAUAUUUUUUUGUGGAAAACACAUUUUUAUGUACCUAUCUUGUUGUCAGGAUUGUAUGCAUUUGCGCUAAUGUACGAUAAUGUGUAUAUUUUUGGUGUACUAUCGGGAUACAGGAACAAUCCGGAGUGUUUGAUAGGAAAAUGCUGCUAUUAGACUAGGCCUAGUGCUUCCAGCAACUGAUAUGGAUGUAAAUGUACAGUGGAGAAGUGUUACGUAAGUGGUAUAAGCCCUGGGCUUAUCUAGCCUUCAGCCACAUGCUAAGUACUAUCUGAUGCUGUGUAAUAAUGAACAUUAAACUCUGAUAUAAAGAAUUA